AUGGUAUCAGAGCAAGGAUCCGACAAUGGCGCUGCCCACCGUAAUCCAUCGAAACAGCCAAUGGAGGAAACCCUUCAAGCAACCCAACAACAAAUGAUGCAAAUGCAGCUUCGUUUGGAUUUUCCACGAUAUGAUGGCACUAAAGACCCCAUCACUUGGAUCGAUCGGGCGGAGCAAUUCUUUGCAUUCCACAAGACUCCUCUAAAUGCGAAAGUUCCAUUAGUCGCAUAUCACUUAGAAGGAGGAGUACAUCUCUGGUUUCAAUCUUUCAGAGGAAUUCGAGUAUGGGUUACCUCGGAGGAGUUCAAGCAAGCGAUAAAUGAGUAUUACGGACCAACACUUCUGGAUGAUUUCUACGGAGAGCUCACCAAGCUCACACAGAUGGGGUUAGUUCGCAAAUACCACACUCAAUUUGAUCGGCUUCUUGUAAGAGCUGGUUCGCUAAUAGAACAACAACAGAUCAGCUGCUUUGUCAGUGGCCUCUGGGAGACCAUCCGAGCUGAUGUGCGGGCUGCAAAUCCACAAACUCUCUCACACGCUGCUGGGUACCGUUGUAAACGACUAUUUCUCAUCGAUUACGAACUAGAGGACAAGGAAGAUAUUGACAUGGGGGAGGAAUCUGAAACCAAACUAGAGGUAGCCGAAAUCUCCCUUCAUGCCAUCACUGGGACUACUGCACCACAAAUCAUGUGGGUUCCAGCCAAGGUUAAAGGGCGUUCGUUGGUGGUUCUAUUGGACACUGGAAGCUCCCACAAUUUCCUCAAUCGAGCAUGA